ACAAGAACAAGAUGGCGACUGGUGGAUGCGAUGUUCGCCUUUACAACAUAAUAAUUCUUGGACUGUCGUUUAUGUUUAUAUUUACUGCGUUCCAGACAUGUUCUAUGGUAGAGAAAACAGUACUGGACAGUGUCGGCAAGUCAAACAAUGACACUAACAACACAUUUUCUGGAAAUGGCUACACAAGCCUGGGUAUCAUCUAUGGAGUAUUCUCCCUGUCCAACUGGGCUGCCCCAUCUUUUGUCAGUUACGUAGGCCCAAAACUGUCCAUGAUCAUCGGAGCAGUGUUGUAUUUUCUGUUUAUCCUCUCGUUUCUGAAACCCAUGGAAUGGGCUCUGUACCUGGGGUCAGCGCUGGUUGGAUUCGGGGCAGCGAUUUUGUGGACAGCCCAAGGAUCAACAUUGACAACAAAUUCUGACACAGAGACAGUGGCUCGGAACAGUGGUAUAUUCUGGGCUCUGCUGCAGUGCAGUCUCCUGUUUGGGAAUAUGUACAGCUAUUUUGUGUUCAAGUCCAAGAGCGAGGUGACAGACAUUGAAAGAACCGAUCUGUUUAUUGGUUUGAGUUCUGCAGCGCUGCUAGGAGUCCUCUGUCUGUUUCUCAUCCGAAAAAAGCGACCAUCUGAUGCUGAAAAUCUGGUCAAUCUGAAUUCCAGUGGUUCACACAGUGCAGACACAGCUCUUUCUGCUCUCAAACGGUCACUGCAGCUCCUGAAGACAAAAGAAAUGAUCUACUUGAGCUUCACAUUUGCAUACACUGGUUUAGAGUUGACAUUUUUCAGUGGUGUGUAUGGAACAUGCGUAUCCCACAACUUGCAUUUCGGGGCGGAGAGAAACGGCCUCCUUGGUUUGUCAGGAAUAUUCAUUGGAGUUGGGGAGAUUUUAGGGGGUGGCAUAUUUGGCCUGUUUGGCAAGAGAACCAACACACAUGGCCGUGACCCAAUAGUGUUGUUUGGCUAUGUGCUUCAUCUGGUGGCAUUCUUCCUGAUCUUCCUGAACAUGCCCAACAACUCCUCCUUGACGGACUCGGCCGAGGCUACGUACAUCGAGUCCAACAAGUACGUGGCCCUGGUGUGCAGCUUCCUGCUGGGACUCGGGGACAGCAGCUUCAACACACAGCUGUACUCCGUGCUGGGCUUCAUGUUUCCAGAAGACAGUGCUCCAGCCUUUGCCCUCUUCAAGUUUGUUCAAUCCAUAGCUGCAGCAGCUGCGUUUGCGUACAGCAUCUUCCUGAGCCUGCAGUGGACGUUGCUGAUCCUGGUGAUCACUGGCACCAUCGGCCAAUACUGCUUCAAUGUCAUCGAGUGGAGCAGCUCACGCUCAUUCAAUGAUGGAUACGUGUCUAUAGACUGAUCAGUGAUCCUUGUGAGUGUGAAGACAAAAGAGGGAGCAUCCAUUCCUUGUCGAUUUGCCAGCAGCAUUCAGUGAUCCUUACAAGGCUACCACCAUCGUGGGACAGUGGGCUUCCAGCUUUGUGUCGGUGUACAGGCUCGGUCAUGUGUUGUAUAGCUUCAGCCACAGCGCUGGUGUUGCUGUGAGCUAGGGCAUGUUGAGAGAAGCAGCACUGUGGUAAUUCUUCAAUGGUGACACAAUCUUUGUUGAAGGAUCUGAGGUGACAGUUUUAUAGAAAGAAUGGUAUUGGUACAAAAAGAAAUAUGACAUGACACAUAUGAUACUUUUUAAUUCAAUGCAAAAGUGGAAAAUGUUCCAGAAAACAGUGUGUACAGCUUUACAUUGUUGGUUGGUACAGUAAUUUGUACCAUCUUGUUUUGUGAUAGAAAAGACGAUAUUUUCAUAUUCAGAUAUGAAUUGAACAUAUUUUCAUGUUGUAGCACAUUCAGUUGCAUGCUUUGUUUCAUUUUUGGUUUUAUAUCUACCUGAACAUGAAUAUCAGUUCAUGUAAGAUAUAAAACUAUGGUUUUAGUUAGAGUCACAUAAACUACUUUCAUUGUAUUUACAAACUGACCAUACCACAGUUGGGUUUUCUUCAUCUUGCCAUGACAAUCUCUUUGUUGGAAUUCAUAUUGCAUUGUUAUCACAGCUUGAUAGGGGAAACAUAGCACCAUCUCUUGAAUAUGGGAUAUGCAUGGAAUCAAAUGAGAAAUAUUGUUAUUAAUUCAUGUUUAUUAUUUCUCAGUAGAACAGAAUAACACGUUGUAUCCCCUACCCAAAUAUUGAUAUCGAGUGUCCAUACUUAACUUCACAGUUCCCUGUUGUUUCACAAUGUAUUUUGUGCAUCAAACAUUUCAAAGAUAAUUAUAUACUUAGAAGAGUGAUUUGGAGUCAUCUACCUCAGUGUGUGGAGCAACUGGUUUCCAAUUUCUACUGCAAUAGGUUGCUGUGGAAUCAUACAGACAAUGAUUGAUUUGGACAUAUUUUAUUGCGAAAAGCCAAAUGGAUAAAGCACAGGUGACACACUUGUGAGGCCUUGUCCUGAUGGAGAUAAUGGAGAGGGUGACUUAUAACUGAAGCUGUUCACAGUUUAAUCUCUUGAUAAAUGUUGCAUGAAGAAAUAUUACACAAAGCAUUUACUAAUUCUAUAAAUAUGACUAAAUCCAAAUUUAGCACAAAUUUGAAAAUGCUUUUUGUUGAUUUUAUCACAUGGCAUAACAAUAUGAGUGCAAGUUAUCACACGAAACACGAGAGGGGGACUUUCUGACUCGUUGUCCUCAGGAUAACUGGCAACAUUUUACUUGUUUUUGGAUAUCAGGUACAACGUAAUGAAUUGUUAAAAAAGUGCAAAUCUUGUUCACAAAGUUGAAUAAUUUUCUUACGGAAUGUUUGAAUUUGAUAGUAUAUUUCCAUGUUUCCUAUAAUUUUUGCUGUGUAAAGAUAUUCAGGAAAAGCCUACAAGCUACAAUGACUUGGAGAUUAUCUGAGACGAGUAAAUCACUUUUGUUAGGACCAAGCCGUGGCAAGGCACUUCCAACAUUAAUUCAUAAGGGACAGAUCUUGCAUAAUUCUGAGUUGCACAUAGGUUAUUUAUAUUACCAAUGGUCUAUUCUUCUGAGUAAAUGUAGGAAAAUGUUGAUUUCCUAAUCUCAAGUGGAAACAUCAGCUGAGAUAAUCUGUUGUUGGAACGGCGUCACAUAAAACUGCCUGUGUCGCAAAUAUAGGAUGCCGUCAUCUCCCAAUAUUUGUGACAAGGCAAUAUUGGUAUUGUCCUUUCAAGUUGGAAACAUAUCUGCAAAUACUCAUUCUAAUCAUUUUGAUAUUACAUAACACUAUGUGUAAUUAUACUCUGAUGUGGUGUAACAGGGUCAGAUUGUGACCUUAACCUUGGAACUUGCUUGGGGAGAUGCUUGUGGUUGCACUGCUAUUGUUAUUUUGAGUUUUCCCAUCAGGUCAUUAUCAGUUGCAAAAUAUGUUUUUUUGUCAUAUAUCACAUUUAAGUGAUAGGUUACAAGGAAAAAAGUAUUAUGAAAUUUUGAUAAUUUCAAUAAUCUUACAUCAAAAUGUCACAAGCAUUGCGAUGAGCUUGUCCUUCAUGACACAACGUCAUGUCCUUGCGAGCAACAACCAGAUUUUGGUGAUGAAGAUAGUAUGAAGAUAGAAGUGUGUAUGAUCCUCACUUGGUUUUAAACAAUGGCAAAGAGGUGUGCAUCAGUACCUCUGGUUGUUACGUUUCCAUUCCAUAUGGAAUCUGAAUAAUUCUGAGUCUUAAGCCAUUCUCAACAUGUUUGGGAAGUAAACGGAUCUGUCAGUGAGGACACCAGUUUUUAAGUUAAGAUUUUAGUCAAGAAAUCAUUGUCAUGCCUCCCAUCAUAUAUUGUUAGCUUUUUAGUGGCUUGCUUUUAUGUGUUUUUUUAUCAUUUUGAGUUUUCAUUACUUGUGAUCUAUCAUGUUUUGUUUUAAUAAUUGUAUUCAUGAUCCAUGUAUUAGUAACAAUGUAUGUCAUUUGUCUUGUUUUGCAUCAUAUUAAGCUUUGCCUGUCUCACCUGUGAUGGACCCAUGAAGAUCCGGGUUAGAAUAGGUCUUCAGAAACCCAUGCUUGUUUUAAGAGGCGACGAUCGGGAUUCGGUGGUCAGACUCACUGACUUGGUUGAUGCAUGUCAUGGUAUCCCAAUUGCGUGGAUCGAUGCUAAUGAUAUCAAUCACUCGAUUGUCUGUGGUCCAGACUACCAUCAUGUAGCUGGAAUAUUGCUGAGUGCAGCAUUAAACAACAAAUAAAACAACAAAAUAAGGCACAGGAUGAUGGUGAACUAGGUUUGUUGAACAUGUUCAACUGUGUCGUCAUGUUCCACUGACAUGGGCCUUUGCUCAUUACAUCAACCACUGGUUUGUCUGGCCAAGACACAAUUAUUUACAGGUUGCUGUGUAUAUUGCAGACUGCAACAAUAAACAACAGACAAACAAAAGUUGAGAUGCCUCUUUGCUGUCAUAAUGUGGCUAUAAUAUUGGUGCCAAGUUUCUCACGAACUUUACAAGGCCAGUGGUGAGUGUGUUGUGUAGGCCAGGAAUCCAAACAAGGCUGAAAUUUGUGAAGCCCUUUCUUCAUCAGCCAUGUUGUAUGGGGAUGGAAGUACAGAUUCUGUAAACACUGUUAUUGUAAACACUGUUAUUGUUAAUAAAAGAGCAUCAAUAUAUUUGUGCGACAUUUGUGGUACUGUUGACCAGAUAUUGUCUCAACAUCUCUCUGGCAACACAACAAACGGUCUGCAGUUCAUAUUUGAGGAUAUUCAUAAUCAAAUGAUUAUCUCUCAUUAGACAAAAGUCUUUAGAUGUAUUUUGAUCCAGAUUGUAGUGCAGUAUGAAUGCAACCAGUGUUUAAAUUCCAUAUGUAUGUAUAGAUAUGACACUUAACUGAGGCUUGCAUACCGUUCAGAGACUCAGCAUGAUUUUGUAUGUACUCUUGCUGACAUCCUUGCAGUAAGUGUCAGUCCUGGAGUCCAUUUUAUAUAUUGUACAAUAUUUAUUCCAUUUGGUUGCUUAAAUAAUUGGAAUUAUUGUAAAUCUAGAUAAGAAUCGCGUCAUUGAAUGACUUAGUUGUCCGCUGUCAAACAGCCAGAAGGAUAGUAGCACUCAACAGUGAGGACCUUGUUGACUGUAAAUCAUGCAUGCUCAUUUCACAGUUUAGCUUUUUUGCCUUACAUGAAUAUGCUUUAAAAUAUUUUAAGUCUCUGUUGACAAACUGUAUUGGAAGAAGUCACUGCACUUCUCAAUCCCUGUAAACCUGCAUCUACAUUUGUCAUGUAUCUGUGUCCUCUGCCACCACAGGCAUCAGACUGUGAUAAUAGUCCCCAAAGUCGUAUAUAGGCAAACAGGAAUAUUUUUUUAAAAGAGUUUUGAUAUGUUAUUUUAGUAUUAUUAAAUGAUUUAAAUAUGGAACUUUAUUGUGGAGUCUGAAUCCUGUGGCUGUAUCAUUAACAACUGUGAUAACUCUGCUACAGGAACUAUUGUUAUAUCUGUACUUUUCACUUGUGCCAAUAAACAAACUUGUCUUGCAA